AUGGCACAGUCGUGUCCUCCACAAUUCAAGAUGGUCCUUAUCGGCAGCUCGUCCGUCGGCAAGACAUGUCUCCUUCACCGCUUCCUUGACAUGGACUGGUCAGUUGGCGACGUUGCUGCGAACUACGGUGUGGACUUCCGUGCUCAGAACAUGGAAGUUGAUGGACGCAAGGUGAAGCUUUGCAUAUGGGACACAGCGGGAAUGGAAAAGUUCCGAGCAAUCUUGCCGUCAUUCUAUAGGGGUGCACAGGGUGUUAUACUCGGUACGGUCGAUGCGACAUGUCCCCAGUGUUACACCCUGAUCAUUCCGGUUCGAAAUGGGCUAGUGUACAGCAUUUCUGACAGAACAUCGUUCGAUGCAUUGCCAGGUUGGCUUGCCGACAUCAAUCACCACGCUCCAUCUACGACACCCAAGAUAAUCGUUGGGAACAAGUUAGACCAGGUUGACCGGAAGGUCCCUACGUCUGAUGGGGAAUCAUAUGCCGCCCAAAUCGGUGCCCUCUUUCGUGAAGCAAGCGCCAAGACUUCUAUGAAUGUGACCGAGGUCUUUGAGGAUCUCGUCAAAAAGAUGCGCGAGGCCGACGAUCUCAUGAAGUCCAUGGUCAUUUAUAGAACGUGGCCCCAGGAUGAAAUCAUCAAGCUGGUUGCAACAGACCAACCCAAACGUAACUGGUGGGAUAAAUGCAAGUGUUAG